AUGCCCGGAGGUAAGAUCACAUUCCAACCAUAAAGUAUAUUAUGUGCUGAAACCUUACAGUCUUGCACUUGUGUCAUGAAAAUUUCUCUUGCUUCUUAAAAGUGAAAAUAUUGUUCACAUAAUACGCUCACCUCACCUAACUUGUACGUGUGAGCGACGAAUGAACUUUUAAGCGCGCAUUAGUGGUUAAUCAUAUUGCCCAUGAAAAAAAUCCGGGACAUAUGUCAAAAAAAAAAAAAAGAUCACUCUAAAAUUGUUCUUUUUUGCAUCACCUGCAGUUGGAAAAAACAGCGAUCGAAAUUGUACACAAUUUUACACAAAAAUUUUUUGUCGAGCGCGCUGAGAUUGGGAUAAUCUAACCAACGGAAUUUCCCCUUGCCACAAGUUACAAGGCGUGUUCACUGACGUCGGUGAGUGAAUACAUGUUCUUUUAAACAUAACACAUCCAAGUAUGUUUGCUCAAGGUCUUGAGUACCGGUACUGAAGACAGAGUGCACAAUUUACAAUGACAGAGCGCGUAGGAAACAAAAGCGCAUGCACGUUAAAAAAAACAAACAAACAAACAAUAGCAACGACAACAUCAACGGCACUGGUUUGGCAAACAAACUUAAGUUCAAUGUCUGUCACGAAAUUGUUUUCUUUAAAAACAGUCAAUGAUCUUACGGAAAGUAUUACGCAUUUCCAUCGACUAUCCAUUGAUGAUUGAAGUAUAGCUCUGUUCAGUUAAUGAAUGGAAAGUAAUCGUAAGGAAAUUUAAAUCUGUUUCGAGAUUGUGCGAGUUUGCUCGUUUAUUUGGUGCAAUCGUUUAUGUAAAUCUGGUCUUUUGUCAAAAAGUGAAUUUGAAUGCGGUUUUUUCUCGUUGAAUUCCUUCGUUUACUGUUAUGAAGUUUACGGUACAAAUGUCUAAGACUUGCCAAAAGUGUAUUUAAAGUAUAGAAUGAAGACUUCGCUUUCUGUUUUUCAAUGAACAAAUUGUUUGAAAGAAUUCAGAUAUUAAAUGAUUGAAAAUUCCAUUAAUUAAUUCAAUUUUAAACAAACACUUCACGUUCUAACUUCCUGAAUUAAUUCUAGUGAAGGUCAAAGUUACUUACAAACGGUUUUCAGGCCGCGCGUCAACCCAUCUAAUGAUAAAUUUGCUACCAAAAAUCAUUUCAUCAUUCGUUUUGCCGGCAGCCACAGUGACUUGAGAGAGAGAGAAGGAGAGGAUUAAUAAGUUAUUAAUCAGCUUGAUUUGCUUUAAAAUGAUUUGCUUUAAAAUACUGUUCAGCUGGCAAACGAAAUACAUUUAUGAAAAAUGACAACGAAGUUAGGGUUGUAGCUAGCGACUCGAGCAAACGUUACCGUGCCGCUAAGCAGAGAUAGGAAAAUCCGGACAGCAUUAAGAACCUCAAAGAUUGCAUGAUUCGUUACCUUUCAGAAAAACAACUAAUAAAUACAGUUCUUUCGGGAAAAGUUUUCGGGAAAAAGCGUGUCAGAAGUGCAAGCGGUGACCUUGAGAGAUAUUGCGGUUAGCUUUCAGGUCAUAGUUAGACGACCUCAGGAUUUCAGGGAAGUCUAAGAAAAUGUCACUUUAAGGACGAGGCACCACGGGUUUGAACCUAUUUUUAAUACAAGAUUGACUUUUAAUUCGAAACUGCAAUCAAAUCGGAAGAAAAGCACAAAGUAACCUUAAUUAGUUUAUCUUUACCUUUUUAUGUCCAUGUUGAUUACCGCCGCCAAGAUAAUCUUUUGAGUUUGUCGCGUGCCCUUUAAAUUUUUGUUCUGUUUUGUUUUUUCGAUAAACUUUCCCAUAGCAACUGUAUACGGUGAACUGCGUAUCUCCAGUUGCACAUUUAUGAAAACUUACAUUCACAUUUAAUUUUACGUUUUUUAAGUCUGUUCAGAUGGGGGAGGAAGAAUAAGGGGCGGGGUGAGGGGAGGUGUCAGCUCAACAAGGAACUAAUUAAUAUCCAAAAAUUCAACUAUUAAAAUUACACGAACUCACAGAUACUUUUAGCUGGAGUUCAUAAAGGAAAGCAGAGAUGGUGGACGCCGUAGUGAAGAAAGACGUACUGUAUUAACUGACACUGACCAAACAUAAACUACAGAUGUUAAAUUAAAAAAAAAAAAAAAAGGAAUAAAAUAGAAAAUGAAAAAAAUUACAUUUUCUUGCUCAUUUUUUCCUCCUUUAUUGUUAUUGUGAUCAUAGUUUUUUUUAUGUCGUAAUCAUUGUUAUUAUUAUCAUUUUGUUUAUCAUCAUUAUUAUAAUUAGUAUUUUUGUUUCCGUUUUUAUCAUUUUGUAGUAUGCUCAAACAUAACUUUUAAGAACUCUUGGUACAUAAUUUCGGUGAAUGGAUGGUCAUGGCUCUUUAACAGAGAAACCUGCCAAAACCAAGGAGGGGACCUAGUAUCCAUUGAAACCGAAGAGGAAUGGAAGUUCAUUAAUGACGAGAUUCAAAGGCGAAAUAUUAAGUACUAUAUAAGUACAUGGAGUAUUGGUUUAACAAAAAAAGCCGGGAAUUGGACCUGGGUGAGUGAAAGACCGCUGACUAUUUACAAAUGGGGAAAAGGGGAGCCAAGUGGUGAACACGAAAAGGCCAUCAUGUACAAGCGGUCCAGUAAUGGCAAACCGGGCGUGUUUGGUAGCACAGCUUGGGGGAACUGGCAAGCUUAUAUUUGUGAGAUUUCCAAGGGUAAGUUUUUCUUUUAGUUUGUUUUGUUUUGUUUUAUUUUUUCCCUUUUUGUUUUCUUAUUCUUAUUCUUCUUAUUAUUAUUAUUUUUAAUAUUAUUAUUAUUAUUAUUAUUUUGAGUAAACUAAAAGGCACCAGAAGCGCUUUGGCGUAACAAAAACAUUCUUUGGUGACGUUUGCAAUAAUCACGACAUCAUUUUUAUAAACCCUCUGACAGUCGGGAUCAAGUUUAGAGUUACAUUUGCAUGAAUGAAAAUAUGUUUGAAACAAUUUCAAUGAACGUUUUCACGAUAUACAUGUCUAACUUUUAUCCUUUCGAGCAGAGGAAAGUUUUAAAUGGUUCUGUUACUAUUACCAUUACGAGUAAAAACAAUUGUGAAACUUUCAAUUGUCGCUAAUUUUCACGUAGUUAAUUUAUCCUUCCGAUUGAAUGAAAUGGUGGUGAAUACCAACUGCAAAGAAUCAGCGAUCCGAUUGUUUUGUUAGAUAGCAACACGUGAUGAUGUGAAGUGCGUUAUCUUAUGUGAAACGGUAGUGACUCAGUCGGUAAAGAUACAUGCCAACUUUCGUUUUAUAAAACAAAUGCAAAAGGCUUCGAGACUUAUUUUUUCUUCGCAGAGGGAAUCAAUUUUUAUGUUUAUUGUAUUCUAUUUCGAGAUCCGAUCCUUUGAACUGUAAAGUUGUAGGGGCUAAAUUCAAUGCAAUGCAAAAUGUGCAGUGAACAUAAGAAUCUGACCAUCCUGCUUUUAAUUCGAAUAAGGCAAACAUUUCGAUCAACCUAACAACCACUACUCUACAGCGAGGAUAGUAAGGGUUACCUCAGUUCUCGUAUGUCACCAGAGCAUGUAGAUAUUUUUUUUCCGUCAACACUGGGUUCGAAUUUAAUGGAUGUUCUGCCUACUAAAAUAAAAUAAACAUAGGCAUGCAUAGCAUAUAAGAUUCGUUAUUUUGGCUCAGAGGGUUGAGAUGGGACACUUUGUGUUCCUAACGUUUUCAGUUUUAUAACAGAAAAAUGAACAUGCGAUGGGAUUAAGUCCGAGGUAACUGAAAGGGACUUUUGUUCGUAGAAAAAGUCAAUACACAGUAGAACUGCGUUGAAAAUUUACUCUCAGUAACAUUUAGUUCCGUCUGAAAUUUUUUGAGUGGUGUUGGAUAGUGGGGUUCGAAUAAGUGCUAAAAUGCAGAAGAGAGAAAGAUGGAUUCGUCUUGUCACGAGCGUGGGACAAAGAAAAAAUUCUGAGUCCCAUGAGGAAUCGAACCUCAGACCUUCGGAUUCCGCGCUCCGAUGCACUACCACUGAGCCAUAGAGACUCCACGGUGAGCGAAAGCUAUUACGCAGGUUGUUUACAAGGAAAUGGCAGAUGAUGGAGUCAGGCCUAAUGAGGCAAAAUGAAAAUUGAUCGGUAGAAUACAAUUUAAGCGCAUGGAAAAGUGCCACGUGUUCAUGUAAUGCAAUUGUGUAGAACGUUCUGAUCGGACUUUGAAGGUUGAUGGAAAUGUUCUUACAUUCGGCGGAACUAAACUGUAGGGACAUUGACAGAGAAUGUAAAUAUUUUCCGAUCGGUGUGUAAGCACGUGAGCCGCUAUGACGUUAAUUGCGUUUUUUCUUGUAGGUCGUAUAUAAAGUUUGACAUUUGUAAUGUUUCAUCUCAUUUCUCGCACUUUUCCAGCUUUAUGUUAAAAGUUUUUCUUGCAUGUAAUUGUAUCUCCAUAAAGCCAAUGGCUAAGAAGUAAACCACUUACCUAUCUUCAGUAUCAAUUAACGAAAACCGUUGCUUGUUAGUCUUUUCCUUUCGUAGCAGUGUUAGCAAUGGGGAUGUUCGAGGUAUUUUGUAGUGUAUUCCAAUAGUGUCCAUUGGCAUAGCACACUUCGGGUGAAGCACUUCGUAACAGUGGCGCAUCACGUAUGGUGUUUAUACGCAUUUGUAAAACCUGUGUUGAAGAAAACCAAAAGGAUCCUCGCUAGCGUCUACUUAUUAUAAAAUAUCCGUUUCAUCCAAGUUUUGUAAAUUGAGCGAUGAUAACAAGCUUGAAGUUUUGAACCUUUACGCCCUCUGUGUUUCCUGUCAUUCGCUACCCUAUUAUUUUGAAAAAUAUACAAACACGUGUUAAGAGGUAAGCCGUAAAACGGCAAAAGAGCUCAAUUAAUAUCUCAUUCUAAUCGAAGAUUUACAAUCUCAUCCAUCUUAAGCAUCAUCAUUAGCAUCGGCAUCGGCAUCAGCAUCACCAUCGCUAUCUCUAUUGUCAUCGCCAUCGUCAUCUCUAUUAUCAUCGGCAUUAGGAUCAGCAUCGCCAUCGCCAUCGCCAUCGCCAUCGCCAUCGCCAUCGCCAUCGCCAUCGCCAUCGCCAUCGCCAUCGCCAUCGCCAUCGCCAUCGCCAUCGCCAUCGCCAUCGCCAUCGCCAUCGCCAUCGCCAUCGCCAUCGCCAUCGCCAUCGCCAUCGCCAUCGCCAUCGCCAUCGCCAUCGCCAUCGCCAUCGCCAUCGCCAUCGCCAUCGCCAUCGCCAUCGCCAUCGCCAUCGCCAUCGCCAUCGCCAUCGCCAUCGCCAUCGCCAUCGCCAUCGCCAUCGCCAUCGCCAUCGCCAUCGCCAUCGCCAUCGCCAUCGCCAUCGCCAUCGCCAUCGCCAUCGCCAUCGCCAUCGCCAUCGCCAUCGCCAUCGCCAUCGCCAUCGCCAUCGCCAUCGCCAUCGCCAUCGCCAUCGCCAUCGCCGUCGCCAUCGCCAUCGCCAUCGCCAUCGCCAUCGCCAUCGCCAUCGCCAUCGCCAUCGCCAUCGCCAUCGCCAUCGCCAUCGCCAUCGCCAUCGCCAUCGCCAUCGCCAUCGCCAUCGCCAUCGCCAUCGCCAUCGCCAUCGCCAUCGCCAUCGCCAUCGCCAUCGCCAUCGCCAUCGCCGUCGCCGUCGCCGUCGCCGUCGCCGUCGCCGUCGCCGUCGCCGUCGCCGUCGCCGUCGCCGUCGCCGUCGCCGUCGCCGUCGCCAUCGCCAUCGCCAUCGCCAUCGCCAUCGCCAUCGCCAUCGCCAUUGCUAACAGCACCAUCGUCAUUGUUGUUUAGGACAGUUGAGCAUUUGGUUUGUGUUCUGAAUAGUCCUUUAGCGUUUCUUUGCAUGUCACUUUUCGAGAUCUUCUCGGUCCAUUAAUGUGACAGACAAUUGUUUUUUUUUAUUUUUAUUAUUAUUCCAGGCAAAUUACUAUGUGUCAAAAUUAUCCGGAAUAAAUGUUACCAGAAAGAUUUCCAUACAGGUAUGCAAUUUUCAUAACUUGAAGGCUUUUAACCCUGAUAUAUCUAUUUACACCAUAAUAAAGUAAAUAUCUGAAAUUUAAGAUAAACCACCAUUCAAGCCAUACAGGGUGAAAAUGGUGAGGCUUAAAAAGUAACCCAGGACCCUAAAAGAGUUAUUUUGCUGAGGAAUACCCUGGACACCAUCUGGGGCCUCCUGCUUUGUGUUAAAUUGUGUAUAUGAGACUGGCUAGUUAAUGACCUGGGAAUAUUUACGUAAUUAUAGGAGGCUGUAGGUGUGUUUGAAGAUUUCACCAUAAAUCUCAAGAAAGUCGCAAAAGGCAAGGUCAGCAUGGAAGAGGUUAAGACACUAAGAAAAUCCAUCUUUGAGGUGGCAGAGGCCGUCGAGAAAUUUGCUAUUAAUUAUGGCAAGCAACACCUGAGUGGAAUGAGGCCUUCAGAAAGGAUCGUUUUCCCAAAAAUGGGUGAGGUUGCGGCCUUCAAUCCUGUUUAGUUUCAAAAUCUAUUGCUCUGUUACUUACUGAUUUGCUGACUGACCGACUGAGUAGCAUAGUUUUCAAGAUAAAUCUCAGUUAUAGACCAAAAUUAUUAGAAACUUUAUUGUUGGAUGUCAUUGGUUCAUCUGCUCGUUUUUUUAACUUUGACUUUUUGCGGUGGAGAAGGAAAUAAAAGGUGGUUUGAAAUCAACAAGAGAAAAUAGGAAUCCUUCAAAAUUCUGAAACCCUUCGUCUUGCUCUGUUUAUAGAUUGGCGAGUAACACUUUACUUACUGAAAUUGUCAAAUCUUACAAAUAAUGUCCCCUUACUUCAUACUAUGCACUGAGCUCAAAAUAAGCACAUCGACUGCGAUGCAUAUAUAUGCAAGAUUUUUAACCGUACUCAUACAAACUCCCUAAUGAACUCUAUUGUUCUCCGACAAAACGCUUCGAGGAACGAAAUGAAUUUUCAAAAUUUUAGUCCGUGCAGUACUACAUACUUUUUAAUCAGUUUUACAUAAAAAAUCAUUUUUAAAAUGAUUGAAUCCGUCGAAUAUUGGCUGAAGGGCAAAUAAAGUACAAACGGUACACGUCCACUCACUAAGAUUAUAAAACAUUUUGUGUACUUCGCAAAACUCAUGUUUUGUGGACGUGCUAUUGUUAAUUUCACCGUGAGUGCUUUUAUUUGUCAUUGAAUUGUUUUUCUGACAGUUUUGGCCAUUCAAAAAGCCUAUCGCCAGAAUGGGAGUUUCUUCCACUUUGAUGAACAACGAGGGCAAGCGACAAUCGAUAUCGCUUCUUCAAAUUUUGAGGAAAAUGGUUCGUAUAAACCAGCGUGUUAACUUUACAACUUUUAAUUACCUUAGUUUCUCCAAUCUGAAUUCCUGUAUUGAAAUAAAGCCCCAUAAAAAUGCGCUUCAUUAGUUUACAUAGUCUAUUUUCUUGAAUUCUUUGCCUUCCUUCUAAAGUCACAUACCUCAGGGCCUGAUAAAAAUUUGAAAUUUCUGUUUUUGUUUUUUUUAACUUACUUUUUGUUAAUUCUUGGGGGGUUUUAAGGAUCAUUGGUAGUGGCUUUUGUGUACAAGGAUCUGCAUGACCGACUUCUGACGGAUCAACCCAUCAGGAAUGAAACAGUCAACAAAAGGUCAUGAUAUUUUCAUCUCCUUCUAUGUCGCUUACCCCCCAAAACACAUAAUAUGGAAACAUAAGAUUAAAGUUCAACCAAACUGAGUUUAGAAACUUUCAAAAACCUCAUAUAGGGUUCGAAGUCUUCCUGUCUGUCUCAGAAAAUUCCAUCUUCAUAAAAAACUCGCUUGAAUCUAGCAAGAGUAUAUGUUUGUUGAUUCCUCGAUUUUUGGUUCAUUUUCAAAUAUAAUUUCUUCAUAGGUAUAUCAACUCCAGGAUAAUGGCCAUAACUAUGGACCCCAAGCCUAAUAAAUUGCCAGAAAAUGUCAUCCUUAAGUUCAAAAACCUAAAGGUAACAUUAAAAUUAGGUGCUACGCGCUAUUAUGAUCCAUUCUGACUAGAAAAAAUCUAUUUUCAGGUUUUGACAGCAGAGAAGCGCUGCAUGUUUUGGACUGGCCUCAGCAAAAGGUAAAAAAUACCUGUAUAGUAUUUCUUCGUUCUAAAAUUAAAUUAAGUAUGGCAGAGUAUGAAUGAAAGUUCAUAGUCAGAUGUUUCCCGGAGGCCAACAUGUUGUCGUUUUUAGAGAGAGAAAGUCUGACUCAAAUGUUCUCGCUGCUAAAACUACAAUGGAGGAAAAACCUAGCGCAAAUUGUCAAACAUCACCUCUUCCCCAAACGAUGAAUUAUUUUGCGUGCUUUGUUAAUUUAAUUUUUCAGGUCUGAGGGAUUUUCAGAGGAAGGAUGCCAUGUAGUUGAAUCAAAAAGCAACUCAGAAGAAACAGUUUGCAGCUGCAAUCAUUUGACGCAUUUUGCCGUCUUAAUGGACUACGACGGUAGCUUAAAGGUAAUCAAAUAAUUUUUGCCUUACUUUAUCAUUUUAUGGGCUCAAUUAACUACAUCAAUGUUCUCCUUUAAUUUUUUUCUUUUUUGACAUAGCUCACCAAGGAGGACGAAACAGUCCUGAAAGUUAUCACCUACGUGGGACUGAGCCUUUCCAUCGUCGGGAUACUUUUAACAUUAAUACUUUAUUAUUGCCUCACGUAUGUAAUGUACCUGAAUAUUGAUGACGUAGAUUCUCAUCUCCCCUCAACUAGGCUAGAGAGAAAAGAGAUCUCAAUGCAAAUCUCCAUGUCAAUAAGAAAAUACAUGUCGGCCGAAUAACUCACAAACUCUAAGUAGAUUUCAUGCCCCAUUAAGAGCGCUUGAAAUGCUCAUGGUUUCACGGUUCAUGAAUUGUUUAGGGUUUAGCCAUUUUCCUCAAAAUGCUUUCCUUUGUUGUUCCUUUCUAGAGCUCUUCACUGUCUUUUUUUUUCCUUUGAUGUCAAGAUUUAGUUGAUAUCUUAAGCCACAUUUUGCUGUAUCUUUUGAUUAAAUUUUGUGGUUCUUGCUGUACUUACCUAUUAUUUCAUCAGAGAUGUUCGUCAACCUCUCUCUCAAAUUCGACUGAGUGUUUCUAUGUCCCUUGGAGCUGGACAGAUCAUCUUCCUCGCGGGAAUAAACGCCACAGAAAACAAAGUUAGUGGCCUUUCUUUCAUAUUCAUAGAAUGAAUCUACUCUUUGCACCAAAAAUAACAUAUCUAAAGGAGCACGAUAAGAAUACGAAAGAAUCUUUCUCUUCACAGGCUGCUUGUGUUACAAUAGCAGCUCUGAUGCAGUAUUUCUUGAUGGCCGCUUUCUGUUGGAUGCUGAUCGAGGCAAUUUAUCUCUACCUCUUCGUUGUGAAAGUUUAUAAUAUCAACGCCAAGAUGCACAUGUAUCACGUCCUCUCAUGGGGUAAGUUUAUUAUUUUACAACAUGCACAGGUAACUAUAACCAUGCAUCAGUGCUUUCGGAUCGCCAAAACCGGUGUUGUCAUCCAUUGCAGUGUUUGUAGUUCCUUUCUUUCUCUAUGGGUAGGUCUUCCAGUGAUCAUGGUGGCCAUUUCACUUGGCAUCGCUGCUGGGAAAGAAGGAUUACAAAGCUAUACCAGUGAUAAAUAGUGAGGAAAAAAUUCAACGGUUCCUUCUUUUACUUCAUUUCAUUACAUUCUUUCUUUUGUGUUUUUGUGUAUAGUUUUAAGUCAGUAUCAUUUCAUUUGUUAAAAAUUUGUCUUUCUUUCCUGCCUUUCAUUUGUUCGAGUUUAGUUGCUGGCUUUCCUCGACUAACAACCUGACCUGGAUAUUCGUCGCCUUUGUGACUUUCAUUGAAGUUGUGAGUUUAUGAUUCGUGUUGGUGAUUAUGAUUGGUAUACUUGAACUAAUUGCUGCCAAGAGACCUUUUCCUCUGCUCUUUAAAAAGCUAAUUAAACCUUUAACUCCCAGGAGUGAUCAACAUGAAACUUCUCUCUGUAAUAGCCUUACAUUAUACAGGAAACAGCGAAUGAGAAUAUGUAAACUUAUCAGGUAAAAGUUGUUGCCUUGAUCUAACACCAAAUUCUCAUAACUAUUUUUAAAAAUAUUUGUAGCAGCUAGAGGGGAGAAUUACUAAUCAGAUCUUGGGAGUUAAAGGGAUAAGUAUUUAUGAUAUGACCACACACAAUAUUUACCAUUUAUCUUUUGCUAUUUACUCACGAAAAACUUUGGACGGAGCUGCUGUUCACGGGGAUGGUUGUCAAUUUUAACCUACUGAUGGCCUUCAAUAGCGAGAAAAACCUUUGAGACAAUGUCUUCACAGGCAUAAAAUAGCUUCAUAAAUUCUCCAACUUUUACUUUGUAGCGUAAAAAAAAAAUCCUCACUGCCUCCAUAUUAAUGUUCUCACACUGUUUCACAUUGAUAUACCAAGAUGAUGUUUCGCGCAAAAAUCACUGAUUAAAAAAAAUUAAUUAAAAAAGACUUUAACAAAGAUGAAAUAGCAGGGAGAGUAGGAGAUAUUGAAUUUAUAUUAUUUAACAUGAGGCUUCACUUGGUACGGUUCAUUCAGUUUAGACACUUUUGUUCGCAAUUUCUUUAGCCCACUGUCAGAGGAUCAAAGCUCAUGAUUUAGGUCCCCUGGCUGGGAGUUCUAUUCCCUGUAAAUGAAUCAUUCCACUCUCCUUACCAAACUAAUGACGUCUUUGGCAAGGAUCCUUUCUUGCUUUUUCGACAACCAUAUCUAAAUAAUCAAUUUAUUCCUAUCGUAUUUUUAGCUCAACAUCUUGAUACUCGUAAGCGUUAUAAAGGAAAUGACCAAUUUGGUGCAGCCAACAGCGGAAGACAACCAUUUUCAGCAAGUACGGUAAGACCUGCAACAUAAAACUAAAACAAAAUAGUGGACGAGAUUGCCAUGUGCUCUUGUGAGGCGAUAAUCGCCUAACUUCCCCAUUCCUUAAUCAGGAAGGCAUUCCGAUAUCUAACAAUGAAAAUUAUUUGUCAAAUUAAAAUAAAAGAAUGUCUUUUCUUUCUUUGUUUUUAACUCCUAGACUUGGCAUCAAAGCAUGCGUGGUGAUAAAUCCCCUGCUGGGUAUCACGUGGUUAUUUGGUCUCCUUUUGCCUGUGCAUAAAGCUUUUGCCUACAUCUUCACCAUACUCAACUCUACUCAGGUGAGUGUUCAAUGGUUACUCUCAAAAAUCAUCCAAUCUUGAUUAUAUAAAUCUCGAUUGAAUUUGUCAACCAAGCGAGACACCAUUACAAUGGUUACAUGAUAUUUAUUGGAAUUAUGAAAACAAAAAGCUGUUAACUAUGCUGAAUAAAACAGAUUUCUUCUUUAUUUCUUCAAUUCUUACUAAAUUUCUCUUCAUUUGCAUCUAAAUAGAUAUUUCCCUAAUUUUUUUUAAAUAUGUUAAAAAGGAAUGAUCUGAAAUCAUGCUUAUCCUGCAGGGUUUCCUGAUUUUCGCUUUACACUGCAUGCGAAACAAUCAGGUAAGAAAAAAAAUUAAGCUGUUUUUACACUAACUGCAUAUCAUCAAGUUAUAGUCUUUCAAUAUAUGUGUGAGUGCUCAGAACCAAUAUUUAUGUUGCUCGUCUAUGUGCAGAUCAAAGAAAGAUUCAAAAGAAAGAUGAACAUCGUUUUUUCAUCUUCAAUAAAGGACAACGCCACAAGGAAGUGCUCACAGGUCAAACAAGUGAGAUUGUGCUGAAUUUGAAUCCAAAUCGCACUUAACUCAAGUAACUGGAUCUAGCCAACUAGAAAUAACAGUCAAUUACUUAGUGCAAUCAUUUAGUUAACAGCGAUUAGUCGGUUGCGAUCGGUCUGAGGUACGAUCUGCAGGUUAAGGUCAUUGUGUUUAUAAUUGUUUAAGCACUCAUGCAACUGUAAAUGUCACCUAUCUUCUCCAUGAUUGUAAGUUAUAAGUUUAUUUUCUGAGCGAUCGUAUAUUUGCAAGAAAAAUUCAUCGAAAUAAACCAAUCUAAAAAUUUUAAUUUCUUAUGGCUCAGUCUGAUGAGGGCUGCCCUCCGAAUAAGAC